AUAUAUAUAUAUAUAUCUAUAUGUGUAUACACAUAUAUACAUUUAUAUAGAUGUGAAGGCUUGCAUAAUUGAAAGUGAAAAGGUCAAAAAUAUAAAUGACUGUGCCCGAAAAACAAAAACAUUAACAAAAAAACAUAUAAAUUUAGAAAAAAGUAAAAAGUGAGAAAUUAAAGGGAAUAAUUUUAUCUGGAUUUGUGUAACUCGAAAUAAAUCUCUUCAUAAGAUGUCGACAGGCAGACCUAUUAAAUGUGUUGUUGUCGGUGACGGUACUGUUGGCAAGACGUGCAUGUUAAUUUCAUACACCACAGACAGUUUUCCUGGAGAAUAUGUGCCUACAGUAUUUGACAAUUAUUCAGCGCCUAUGCAAGUAGAUACAAUACAGGUUUCCCUGGGUUUAUGGGACACGGCUGGACAAGAGGAUUACGAUAGAUUACGUCCUUUGUCAUAUCCUCAAACCGAUGUAUUCCUGAUAUGUUUUUCUGUAGCUAGUCCGUCGUCAUUUGAAAAUGUGACCUCAAAAUGGUAUCCCGAAAUUAAACAUCACUGCCCAGAUGCGCCCAUCAUUUUAGUAGGUACUAAAAUCGAUUUACGAGAAGACCGUGAAACCUUAAGUGCUUUGGGUGAACAAGGUUUAGCUCCUUUAAAACGUGAACAAGGCCAGAAGUUAGCAAAUAAGAUUAGAGCUGUUAAGUACAUGGAAUGUUCUGCACUUACGCAAAGAGGUCUUAAACAAGUGUUCGAAGAGGCGGUGCGAGCCGUUUUAAGACCAGAACCUCAAAAACGACGCCAACGAAAGUGUAUAGUAAUGUAAAUAUAUAUGUGUAUGUGUCUGUAAGCGUGUCACAUUAUUCUUUAGUCUUUUCCAUCCUCCUCCUACACUAUAUGUGAGUGUAUGUACGUAUUUUUUAUAGAACAGAAAAAAACGAAUCAGAUGUAAUCCAUCAUCAUCAGCACUACCCUUUACAAAUUUAAUUAUGAUUUUCGAAAAUACAUGUAUACAUAAACGUGUUUUAAAAUAGUAAGAGCAAAAUGAAACCAAUUCGGUUUUACCGAAUGAUGAAUACCUACCACCUGCAUAUACUAUUACUAUACGUUUAGAUUUUGUCCGGAUAUACUUACGUACAUACUCAAUGCUUAAUAGUUUGUUUUUCAAUAAUGGCAACCAUAUGAGAUUAAAAGCACUUUAAUAAAUUUAUUCUUCCUCAGCCCCUGAUUAACUCUGGUUCUUUCCCCGAGUUACGUAUAUGCUAUUGACAGUGGUGGUGGGUGAGGAAAACUACAAAUAAGCAAAACGCUAACUAAUCAAAACUACUUUACCUCGUCAUAAUUUAUGCUUGGUUUUCUUCUUCACUCUUUUCUCCUGGAAUCAUAAUUUCUUCUAACCGUUUCAUUUUAAUUAUCAUUAUUUAUAUCACAUAUAUAAUUUUGUUUGUUGACUGAAAAAUAGUGCAGUGCUAUGUUUAUUUCAUAAAAUUUUUAAGUUGGAAAGCCCUUCAAAUAAGGUUCAAUAAAUUUAAAUCGAAAUUCGUAAACUCAGAUUUAGAGUUAUUACCUUUUUGUGUUCUCCACAUAAACGUACAAAAUUUGAUUGAAAACUUGUAUAAUUAAUGAAAAAAUGUUAUUUAGAAAAAUUCAUAUUUAUUUUGAUCUGAAUCGUUUAGUACUCAUCGCCUAACUCAUUGUACCCGAAGUAAUUGAUCGUUUUCCCAGAUUACCAUUUAAGCGAAAAAAUCCAUAUCUUAGUGUGGAUGCGUAUUAAAUGAACGUUUUGACUAACUUGACUGAGGUUGAGUUGAAUUCUUCUUAGUGGAUGAUCUUUUUGUUUUUAUUAUUCAAACUUAGUUCGAAUUAUCGCAUUUUUAUAGCCACCGGCGAUGGGUGUUUAUUAUCUUUGUUUUUCACCUUACACAUCGGGAAACUUUGAUCUAAUCUCGUUUCAUAUCUUACAUAGCUUUAUUAAUGUCACAUUUUCAAUAUCGAUUUAUUCGUGUUUACCUAUUCGCCACUUUGGCGUUGUUGGGAUUACUAGAUCGUAGAAAGUGCAGGAAAACAUUACUGCCUUAUAGAAUUUCAACUGAUCACUCAGUGCAGUGAUUACUCAAAACUCUCGCAAAGUCAUUUCGUUUUUCUUGAUCAAAAUGAAAGACGAAUUCCUUAUGGCGCAUAAAUCCAUUAUUAUGAACGGUCGAAAUCGAUAAGUGUACUCUCUCGACGAUCUUUUGAAUUGUUAUUCGCCGGUUUACUUAAGUUGAUCCCGUCAUUUUCUCUCGAUCAGAUUGAAAUGACCUUCUAGAGCAUGAUAAAUCUUCCACAUAAAAGUUGGCAGAAGGAAAGCUAUAAGCUGAUAAGACAUCAAAGAGACAAGCCUUAUAGUAGGUAAUGAAUAUACGGGUCAAGUGUCAACUUGACUGUGAACAAAAUGCAAUUAUGCAAAAGAUGCAAUUCGUAAAGACGAAAUGACUUUCCGAACAGGCCAAUAAUUUACUUGCGAACUUUAGUCAUGGAAUAGUCACGAAUACAUAUACAUUGUAUUGAAUGAAAUUCCUAAAUUACUAUGUUGUCGUCGGGCGUGGUAAAAGCGAAACGGAGCGCUUUCUACAAUUUUUUUUUUGUGUUUUUCCGAAAUCGAGGAACAGAGAUGAGUGAGUACUUUAUGAUUCACAUCAAUAAAUUGAUAAAUUGAAAUUGCAAAGUUGCGAAAGAGAAAAAGCUUAUCUAGUCAAUUUAAGGCGUUUGGUGGGAAAUGUAUGUGAAAAGUACUAAAAUUUACAUUAGAAAAUUAAAAAGCAAAAUUAUUCUUUUGCUUAUUUUCGGUUUAUGAAAAUUGGAGCCUCGCGAACAAUUAGAAUUUAUAUGCAUAUCAGAGAAAAGAAAAGGAUUUUGUUUCCAAAUUAAAUUUUUCAAAUUCUUUUCCUUUUCAUGAAAACGGAAUUAACGGAAAGCAAAAAAUGCACAAAACAUUUUAUAAUCAAUAAAAAUACAACUUUUUAUGUAUUUAUAAAUAAAAUGUAAUAAAUA